AAUAAAACGCGCUUCAUGCAGUGCGUCUUAAUAAGCUGCGGACUGAAUCGUGCUGGAUGGAUUGUGCUGAUAGGGUGUUCCCGUGUUCUUUUUCAGACUGGAUCACAGACACUUGAGACAGAUCUUUCAAGCAGCGUGCUAGAUAGAUAAUCCCCAAUUAGAUGUUAAUCAGUAUAGGCUGUAGAUGUCCCGCUGCAUUAUACUGUGGUCCAUGCCCAAGCUACUGCAAAACCAGUGAAGAUGGGGCAGGCAAAACCACUUUGCUGGCCAAGCUCCAGGGCAUAGAUGAUUACAUGAAAGGGAGGGGGCUGGAGUACCUCUAUUUUAAUGUUCAUGAUGAUGACAUUGAUGACCACACCAUGUGUAAUGCCUGGAUAUUGGACGGUGACCUCUUUCACAAGGGUCUCCAGAAGUUUGUGGUUUCCCUGGAGAACCUGGCUGACACCAUUGCUCUGCUGGUGGUUGACAUGUCGAGGCCCUGGUUCGCCCUGGACUCCCUGCAGAAGUGGGCCAGCGUUGUCCGAGAGUACAUCGACAAGCUGAGGGUCCCCCCAGAGGAUCUGAGGGACAUGGAGCAAAAAUUGGUGAGGCAGUUCCAGGAGUACACUGAGCCGGGGAGCAACCUCAGCGUCUCGCCCCAGAGGAGAAACCCUGCCAUGGCCGACGGGGAGGAGAACAUUGUGCUCCCCCUGGGGGACAACACGCUCACGCACAACCUGGGCAUGCCCAUGGUGGUCGUGUGCACCAAGUGUGAUGCGAUUAGCGGCCUGGAGAAGGAGCAUGACUACAGGGACGAGCACUUUGACUUCAUCCAGUCUCACAUCCGCCGCUUCUGCUUGAAGUAUGGGGCAACACUACUUUACACUUCAGUGAAGGAGAGUAAAAAUUUAGAUUUAUUGUAUAAAUAUCUCGUCCAUAGGUUAUACGGGUUUCCUUUCAACUUGCCUGCUCAAAUUGUGGAGAAAGAUGCAGUUUUCAUUCCUGCAGGGUGGGACAAUGAAAAGAAAAUUGCAAUCCUCCACGAAAACUUUCAGACCAUUAAAGUGGAGGACCCGUUUGAAGAUGUAAUAGUGAAGCCUUCUGUCAGGAAGUUUGUACACGAAAAGGAAAUAAAUGCAGAAGAUGACCAGGUGUUUCUAUCAAAGCUGCAGUCCCUGUUGGCAAAACAACCUCCAGCCACUGCAGGAAGGCCAGUGGACACCGCCAGCAGAGCCCCAGGUGGAUCCCCCAGAACUACGAAUCGCUCUGCGGCCUCAAACGUGGCUAACGUCAUGCCCAUGCAAUCAGGUACCAAGAAGAUCGAUCCCAGUAUGAAAGGUGGACAGACAAGUGAGGGGGUCCUGGCCAACUUCUUCAACAGCCUGCUGACCAAGAAGGCCGGGUCUCCAGGGCCAGGGGGUAGUCCAUCAGGGGGAGGAGGGAACACACCUGGGACCGUCAGGAAGUCAGGUUCCAAGCUGGGUUUGACGGACGUGCAGGCCGAGCUCGACCGCAUUUCCAACAAAUCGGAAAUGGAAGCGUCGUCCCCCACGUCCACGUCGCCGCCUGCCGAAAACGACGAGUCUUGAAGGCCGGGCGAGAUGAGAACAACCUCCCCCCCCCCUUCCCCCGCCCCCACAUCCUCUGCAUCGCCCCGCCCGAGUCUGCCUCUCCCUUCAUAUUGUACUUCAUCUUUGUCUUCUUUUUCUGCAAGCGCACUAGCCGGCUGCAGAGCGGAACACGGUAAACUCAGACUUUUAUUUUGAAAGGCCGGAGUGGACCUCUCACUCGCUGGCCACUAUUUAAUGUUCUGUGCGGAAAGAAAACCUGGAAAGAAUUGUGCGAUGAGAGCUAGCAGGAGUGCUAGCUCACACUGAAAGGCAUUAGGAGUGCUAGCAGGAGUGCUAGCUUACACUGAAAGGCAUAAGGAAUGCUAGCUCACACUGAAAGGCAUUAGGAGUGCUAGCAGGAGUGCUAGCUCACACAUUAAAUGGCAUAAGGAGUGCUAGCUCACACUGAAAGGCAUUAGGAGUGCUUGCUCACACUGUAAAGGCAUUAGGAGUGCCUGUGACCUUGUGUCCAUGGGAGUACAGCCACAGAGUCUUGUACAGGGCAAUUCCACGGUGACUGACAUUACAAGUGCCGGAUAUUUGGGUGGUACAGCCCAAUACAGCUUCAUAAUGGAGACUGAUAAGAGUUAUUGACACCUGAGGGUUGUAAAAUCAUAUGUUGGUCUCUUAUGUAUCUGUAUUGGGCUUUAGCUCCCAAAUAUCCAGCAGUUGUAAUGUCAGUCACCGUGGAAUUGCCCCACGUGCAGUCAUUUUUGUGUGGUGUUUAGGCAUCAGGAAGAUCCGCUUUUGUCCAGGGCCUCUGUGGUUGUGAGUUGGUCUCAGACUGGAGUUAUGGGCAGCAGUCAGUUUAUGGUAGAGGUUUGCCUGAACCCCCAGAAGGCCAGUGUUGUGUUGUUGCUUAAAGUGGCUUCACUUGGAAACGCAUGUCAUGUUAACCAAAGGAGUACCAAACGACUUAAAAAUAAAUAAAAAUCUCAAAAAGGGAAUCUGUAAUAUGAGCAGUUUAUUAAGGAGCAGUUUUGCAUUUUUCUGAAAUAAAUAGUGAACGAAUAUGCCAUUAACAUGUUUGAUUAGCAUUGAAUAACCAGUAUAUUUGUCUACAGCCAAGUUGUAGAGUACUUGACAGGAGAUGGUCGACGGCUCAGAUUUUGACGUUUUCCCUGUAAUUGGACUGUAAACAAGCCUAAGUACUACUGACCUACUACUACGAUGUAAUUGAAAGGGUUAUUCUGAAACAAACUCACUGGAAAGUGUAAAAUGUUAAAGGGCACCCAGGGCUGUUCACUGAAAUUAUAAUGCUUCGAUUUUCAAUAAACAUUUAACAUGAAUCUAAUUGGAACAUUAAUGCAUUUUGGGGAAAAACAUCAAAAUGUUUGGAAGUGAACAGCAGGGAAUGCAUUCAGUUGGAUGAAAAUGAACACUCCAUGUACACAUGGGUCUUUCGAGGUAGAAUUAUUAGUACUUCUCCUGUCUAGUGUCCAACAAAAAAAGCUUUCCCUGGGUUGUUCUCAUGGAACAUAUCUAGGUGCCUUUUAAUGAGCAUCUAGCUGCAUUUCAAUUGAAGUGUGUCAGAUACAGAAGAUGGGCAUUGUACUAUUUGGAUACAUAUUGAACGAUGCACUACAAGUGACCACAUAAGUAUGGGUUUUCAUUCUGAGGUCGGUUUGUUUCAGGGGUCUUGCUAACUGUAGUUGCACUGAAGUGGGGAAAAAAUAUAUAGCAUUAUUCAUAGUCAAUUAGCGGUUGCUCAGCAACAGCAGGAGGGGGGCAGGGCUCAGCCUCGUCAGAAUGUACAGUCAUCGUUAAACUUGAAAAUGAUUGGUCCUCUUAUCUCAAAUAUUGUAGUGAUGUUUCAAUGGAUCAGGUCCGUAAUCAUUCAAUAAACUUGUAUUUAUUUGGA